AUGAAACGGGAAAACGUAGGGCUUCGCAACUGCCGCAACGAAUUGGAAGCCGCCCUCUGUUCCGCCGAGGAGUGCGCGCGAGCCCUCGAGCUGCAGAAGGGCGCCGCGGCGGAGGCGGCCGCGCAGCGCGAUCUGGUUCUGGACCAGCUGGAGCAGCUGGAGGCUGAGCUGCUUCGGCGCGAAGCCCUGCUGGCGUCUGCGGAGGCCGAGGCGGCUGCUCUGCGUCGAGACUCUGAAGAGAAGCAGAGGGCCCUCGAGUGGGCCACACACAGGCUCAAGUUGGAACACGAGUGCGUGAAACAU